UUCACUGGAAUACAGGCUAGUCAUUUUCAUACAGCAUAAACAAACUUUCCACGUUGUAACAGCAGACAAGGCGGAUUGCUAUGGCAGAAGUGGAGAUCGGACAGCACUGUGAUGUGGAGCACUGCGGCCAGCUAGAUUUUCUUCCUUUUAUCUGUGAUGGCUGCUCAAAAGUAUUUUGCCUUGUACACAGAAACAGAGACUCUCAUGGCUGUGUUGAGGUUACAGUGAGUACGGAUCAUGAAAAAUCUGAGGGGAGCACACACUACCCAUGUACUUAUAAAGGCUGCAGUGAUAAGGAGCUAGUGCAAGUUCUGUGUCCUUUCUGUGCGAAACACUUCUGUUUCAGGUAUCGUCAUCAGUCAGAUCAUGAGUGUGAUAAGCUUGAAGCACCCAAACCUCGAAUGUCUGCAACACAACAAUUGGUGAAAGAGAUUGUUGAUUCCAAAAAAUCUGUUCCUCCCAGCAAAGCGAGGAAGGGAGCAAAAAACAGCGAGACUGCCGCAAAAGUUGCACUAAUGAAGCUGAAGCUACAUGCUCUGGGGGAUAAAUCUUUGCCACAGUCCGAAAGGGUCUACUUCCAGGUUUUCUUGCCUAAGGAUGGAAAGGACAAAAGCAAACCCAUAUUCUUCUGCAAGAAGUGGAGUAUUGGUAAGGCUGUGGAUUAUGCAGCUUCCUUAGCAAGUCUCAAGAAUGACAAUAACAGAGCAACAGCAAAGAAGCUAAGAGUGUGUCACCCAGAGACAGGACAUGCUCUGCCUUUGGACAGUACCGUGGAAACCUGGCUUUCAAGUCCGGAAAAUGCUUUAUACAACGGCGGGAAUAUUAUUAUAGAGUAUCUGGAUAAUGACUGCAGCAGUGUGGAAGAUACCAAUUCUUACCUAAACUAGUACUACU